AUGCCACAUUUCAACCUGCCUUACCCUGACCGUGAUCGAGAAAGGAAGGAUAACAACCAAAGAUAUGGGACUGGGGUUGUCAAAGUACACACAUUCUUUGUCACAAUCACACUCAGUCUGCAGGCAUCUAAACUUAAACCCGGUUGGAUUUCUGAACUUCGGAUAGAAGAGGUUGGGAGCUGGGCAGAGGGGAUCUCAUCAGAGGUGGAGUUACCGUUCCCUCAGAGUCAAAGUUCAAGCUUGAAACUCUUUGAUCACUCUUUAGAAAAUCAGACAAAACCCCGCCCGGUUCGUCCGCCCAGCUUUCGUGUUCUUCCAAGAAAUUCUAAGGGCGCAACAAACAAUGAAGUGGUUGUGGCGGUUGUCCGGCUUGUGUCUUGGCAAAAAUUGUUACCCACUCCACUCUGGGGGUGA